CUUUUCUUGCCCCCCCUACUUGAUUCCCUUUAACCCUGGAAGCCUACGUUAUCCACGUUCCUGGCUUGAACACAUCUUUUUGCCCUUGUGUCAAAAACCUGACAGUUCUAAUUUUCCCCACACGAUUACAAGCCUAAAACUUGAAUUCUCUCCAUUGGCGCUGCCCGGCAAUUUGCAGAUUUUGUUUUGUCGUUUCUCUCGUCCUUCCUCGCCGCCGUAUUCCCCUCCCACCCAAGCCACCAGCAGCUCCUGCGGGCCGCCUUCACUUCCUUCCACACCCCAACCCUCCCCCAUCCCUCCGCCCGGGCUGCAGCCUGUGCCCGCAGCGCCAGGGGGAGCCGGGCCUUACUCCGUGCGAAGACGUGAAUCGGUUGGACUAGCCAAGCCUUCCGCUGGGAGUGGACGGGGAAGCCGGCGUUUCCAUCGGACGCUCCCAGGUCGACUUGCGGACCCGCCACUUGAAGUGUGUCCAAUUUUCUGGUUUCCGAAACAGCAGAAGGCGACCCAGUCCGGCCGGCUACCCGAGGCCCUGGUGUCGCUGGCUGACUGGAUUUCGGCCACGGCUACGAGGCAGGCAGCACUAAUUUUCGCCAUUCUCCCGCCGGUGUUCUCCACCCCACCGGAGGGGGGGGACAAUUCAAAAAGAAACCCCGUCAACGGUCACCGCAAACGAGCCGGGCGGGAGCGUGGUUACCCGGGAGACCGGGUGGACGGCGCGUGGCUACGGGGUGGCCGACGGCAGCCCUUGUUACACGGGCGCCGGGAGCCGGCGUGAAGUGAGCCAGAGGGGGAGAGGGGCUGAGCGGCCAGAACUCAAACCACUGACGGCUCCAAGUUUUCUUCACUGGGCGGCCGCAGCCUUCAUUAUUGUUAUCCGACGAACAGCACGUGCUUAUCUACGAGAAGAAUAGAACAACUAUUGGCCUCCGUAUCUCCUUUUUCAGUACUUUUCUAGAAGAUCGAAAAGUAGAUAGCAAUCUAGAUUGUGGGAACAAAUAUUGAACUUUAGAAUCCUGCAGCUGAAGAAUGAAAACAUAAAGGAAUGACCAAAUUUAAGGAUUGGAAACUGUGACUGAGAUAUGAGAUACAGUCGUCAGUUUAUGCACAACAAAAGCAAUGAGGCAAUGAUGAGCUAACCUGUGAUGGAGUGACUUGAAAGACGAAUAUCAGGCAGAAUCCUGAGAACCAUCUGACUCUUCUUCAGAUGGUGCCACAAUGAUCUUUUACAUCUACUAAAGAAGGAAUAUUCUGGAUGUGGGGGUGUCCUUAGGUUGAAACCUCAUUCAAACGCUGGACUCAAGCAUCAACUGAGAUGAAAGGUUCUUAUGAAUAAAGUAUUUUAUGGAAAAGAUGAAAAAGUUCAAGCGCCGGCUUUCUCUGACCUUGCGUGGCAGCCAAACAAUUGAUGAGUCUCUGUCUGAGCUUGCAGAGCAAAUGACCAUUGAAGAAAAUAGCAAUAAGGACAAUGAGCCAAUUGUGAAGAACGGCAGGCCUGCAACAUCGCACAGUAUGCACUCCUUUCUCCAUCAGUACACAGGCUCUUUCAAAAAGCCCCCACUGCGGAGACCCCAUAGCGUGAUUGGUGGGAGCCUCGGCUCUUUCAUUUCCAUGCCCAGGAAUGGUGGUGGUAGACUAGAUAUAGUACAUGAGAAUUUGAAAAUAGGUUCGGAUGGUGAGAGUGACCAAGCUUCGGGAACAUCAUCUGAUGAGGUACAGUCACCCACCCGUGUUCGUAUGAGGAACCACUUACACAGGAGAAUCUCUGUGGAGGAUGUCAAUAAAAGGUUGUCACUGCCUGCAGAUAUUAGAUUACCUGAUGGAUAUUUGGAAAAACUGCAGAUGAGCAGUCCACCUUUUGAUCAGCCUAUGAGUAGAAGAUCCCGCAGAGCUUCUCUAUCUGAAAUUGGAUUUGGGAAACUCGAAACUUACGUUAAGCUGGAUAAACUUGGAGAGGGUACCUAUGCAACGGUGUUUAAAGGAAGAAGUAAGCUAACUGAUAACCUGGUGGCACUGAAAGAAAUCAGGCUGGAACAUGAGGAAGGUGCACCUUGCACAGCAAUACGGGAAGUCUCAUUACUCAAGGACCUGAAGCAUGCGAACAUAGUCACUUUACAUGAUAUUAUUCAUACAGAAAAGUCAUUGACACUAGUAUUCGAAUACUUGGACAAGGAUCUGAAACAGUAUAUGGAUGAUUGUGGAAGCAUAAUGAGCAUGCACAAUGUGACGAUAUUUUUAUUCCAGAUUUUACGGGGCUUGGCAUAUUGUCAUAAACGGAAAGUGUUACACCGAGACCUGAAACCGCAGAACCUGUUGAUAAAUGAAAAAGGAGAACUAAAGCUUGCUGAUUUUGGUUUGGCAAGAGCCAAGUCUGUUCCAACAAAGACAUACUCAAAUGAAGUUGUAACUUUGUGGUACAGGCCUCCAGAUGUUCUUCUGGGGUCUUCAGAGUAUUCAACACAGAUUGACAUGUGGGGCGUCGGAUGUAUCUUCUAUGAAAUGGCAUCGGGAAGACCUUUGUUUCCUGGUUCCACCGUCGAAGAUGAAUUGCACUUGAUUUUCAGGCUACUAGGAACACCUACAGAGGAGACAUGGCCAGGCAUAUCUUCAAAUGAGGAAUUUAAGGCUUACAACUUCCCUAAGUAUAAGCCACAACUUAUAAUAAAUCAUGCACCAAGGUUGGACACGGAUGGAAUUGAUCUGUUAUCCAGCUUUUUACAAUACCAGGCCAAGAAGAGAAUUUCUGCUGAGGACGCUAUGAAGCAUCUUUACUUUAAAAGUCUUGGAACAAGGGCACACACUCUACCUGAUGGUGCCUCAGUUUUUUCAUUAAGUGAAAUUCAGUUGCAAAAGGAUCCUGGCUAUAGAACCUCCUCAUAUCCAGAGACAGCACAUGGGAAAAACAGAAGACAGAGCAUGCUGUUCUAGGCUAUCUUGCAAAAUUACAGACUUGAGUUCCACUGGCUUGCCAUUUUACAUCGCAGUUACCCAGGAUUUUGAAGACAACAAUUUCCAUAAUUUAGUGUGGAUCAGAACUUGAAUAUCAACAUGUCUCCUUUACUGCCCUUGCGAUGUAGUCUUUUAUUCUAAUAUGUAGAUUGUUUUAUAUUCACAAAUCACGUUGAGACAUUUUUGUGUGUGUGUGUGUGUGUGUGUGUAUAUAUUUUACAUAUUGUGUGUAUAUACAUGUAUAAUGUAUGUAUAUACAGAAAUAUUUACAUACACAUACAAAAGAUAGGUUUAUGGUUUCACCUCUGCUGUUUUAUAACCAGUAGUUACAGCUGCUGCUGUAACUUUAGCUGCAGUUUUGUGCAGUACUGGAAACAAAGUGCUUAUUUAUUGGGAAUCAUUGCUGCUAAAUGACUACUGUCCAUUAACCACAUCAUGGUGGUAUAGCGGAAAAUGUGAGUGGCUUGUAGCAUGUGAAUGCAUCUGUUUCUUCUAAUAACUAUUUCCAGCAGUUUGCAGAUUUUACUGUUACACUUAAUUCCAAAUGCUCUUGAAUAUUUAAAUAUCUGCAGAGCUUCACAUUGAAAAAAAUGAUUGUAGUGAGGAAUCUUGCACCCUUUUAAGUUCAUACAAUAGAAUAUUUAAAUUUGUUUUGAAAUCUUGUUGUGACCAGCAGGGAAACUGAUUAGUGUUUUUUUUUUAAAUUGAAGAAAUCAACAUCAAAUCUGUUUUUUCAUUACUAAAUAUGAGCAAAUUAGUUGCACCUAUUUUUCCAUGUCAUUUUAUGAAGACAUGGGAAUUCAGAGGGUUUAAUUUUGUAUCUGAUCUCUGCUGUUAUUUCUGCAUCAUUUUAUAAUGACUUCACUACAAAACUUAUGUAUCUCAAUGAGUAUCAUAAGUAGGCUUUUGUUAACAGUAUUUGUAUGUAUGUUUGCCUUUACAAAUAAUGGUUUUAGUGGAUCUACAUUUUAGAAUUACUGUUAAUAUAUAAUUGUUAAGAAAUCAGAUUUGUAGCAAAUGCAAAUAAUCAUUGAUGACAUUUUUUCUGGACUUUUACUGUAAACUUAUUCAGGGUCCUAUCAUUUUCAUCAAUUUACAUAGUUUGUUAUUUAACAGUGUUAAGGAUAUUUUGUAUGUUUAAUUUUAUUUGUGAACUGUGAUGAUGGCAUGUUAAAAAAUUGUUUACUUGUAUUUUGUGUAGCUUGUGACGUGAUUUUAAUUGAAAUUUUGUAAGAAGGAAAAGGAAACAGAUUCAUUGGUAACAUUGUACAUUGGACCACUACUGCUCAUAAUAUGAUUCCAGGCUGAGAUGUGUAUAUCUAACUAAAACUGCUGUGCUAUUUCUGACUGACAGUACUAUUUUUGGAAAGUAUAAAUAUUACAGUGCAUUCCUUGUUUUAACUGA